AUGGGCGCCGAGAAACCGAUCAAGUCAGUGGCCAUCAUCGGGGCUGGCGCCUCGGGGACUAUUACGGCAGCUGCCCUCAAGGCAGAGAAUUAUUUCGACCGGAUUCGGAUUUUUGAGCGUCGGGAAACUGCAGGCGGAACAUGGAUAUUCGAUGCCUCACCGGGGCCGGAACUGCCCAUAAAUCCAGGAAAGCUGCCUCCGCAGAUCGAUCCACCUGUGCAGAUUCCUGGCCAGCUUCCCGCCGUCACGGCGCCAGUUGUGCAGGAACGGUACUCCAAGACGCCAGUCUAUAACUCCUUGACAACAAAUGUGCCUGAUAUAGCGAUGUGCUUCUCUGACGCACGAUUUGCAUAUGGCCCGUUCCCACCGCACCAUGUCCCUCGGCAGUAUCUGGAAAAUUAUGUGGCAACGCAUGAGCUGGACGAACAUCUUGUGCUGAGCACCACUGUCGAGGAUGUCACCCGGAUUCCAUCACCGCCUUCGGGGUCAGGUCUCGACGGGUGGAAGUUGACGCUGCGGAAACACGAUGCGCUGCGGCGAGUGGAUGUGUGGUGGACGGAAGAGUUUGAUGCACUUGUCAUCGCCAACGGGCACUACUCAGUACCAUACAUCCCACACGUUGACGGACUGGAGGAGUAUACCAAGAAGUAUCCGGGUCGGGUGGUCCACUCGAAAUACUACCGCUCGCCAACGGUGUACUCGGGCCAGAAGGUCCUUACGAUCGGCAACUCGGCCUCGGGCUCAGACAUCUUCAACGAGCUGACCAAGACGGCGCAGCUGCCAGUGUACAGCUCCCGGCGGCACAGGGGCCGCUUCGAGGGCGACAGGCCGCGGCGGGGGAUCGAGUGGAAGCCCAUCAUAACGCGGUACCACGGCGACGGGACGAUCGAGUUCGAGGACGGGACGACGCUGGGCGGGGGCGACGUGGACAAGAUCAUAUACGCGACGGGGUACCGGCCGUCGUUCCCGUUCUGGAACUCGGGGGCCAACGGGCGGGCCAUGUACGACUACGAGGCGGGCAAGCUGGUCAACAACUACUGGCACACCUUCUUCCACGACCUGCCGACGCUGGCGGCGGUGGGCAUCGAGAAGGGCCUCACGUUCCGCAGCUUCGAGUACCAGGCGGUGGCGGUGGCGCGUGUCUUCAGCGGGCGCAACGCCGUCCCGCUGCCGCCGGCGCGCGAGCAGAGGCGUUGGGAGGAGGAGAGGGCGGCGUGGGCCAGGGCGACGGGCCACAGGUUCCACGACAUCGAGAGCGAGCCCGGGCGGGUGGGCGAGGACUCGUUCAGGUGGCUGGGGUACCUGUACCGGCUGGCCGGGCUGGGGACGCUGACGGGCGACGGGAGGGUGCCCCCCGUGCUCAGCAGGGAGCUGCUGCACGCCGUGAGGACGAUACACAAGUAUCCGCGGCACGAUGAUGAUGAAGAUGCAGCUGGUGUUGGGCGAUGA